AUGUCCGAGACCCCCGUCAUUAACGACGCAUCCACAGACCGCAAUCCUUCAGCGCCAACGAGCGCGUCCCAUUGUUCCAGCUCAGGGUCGGAUUCGGUUGCUGAUUCCCCGGCUUCAUCACGUGGCCGCCAGCUUCGACGUUCCGCACCUCGCAAGGCCAAAAUCAGAGGGGACACUCCAUCACUUGUGCCAGAGAGACGUCCGCCGCCUUCACCGGCUUCUUCUUACACCUCCACGCACAACACGAUCCCCGCCAUCCAUAAAUGGACUGUCCAGGGCCUACGAUUGGCUCUAUCCAACGCGGACAUCGAGUUCCAUAGGCGGAUGACCAAGGCGGAGCUUUACUGCCUCUACGCUUCUUCCCUGGCCGACACCGCCCCACCAAAGUCAGCUCCGCAAAGGAGCACUGACAAGCCGGGCACGGCUCGUGGUUCCCCCUAUUCCCGGCCCGGGCAAUCCACCAAUGCGGCCCGUCGUGGCCGUCCGCCGGCAACCCGGCACAGCAGGCCCUCCGCGAGCGCAGGUACCGCCACGGAUCUCCCGGACGCCUCAAACCGUCCGGUCGAAGUUUUCCAGCAACUAGUCCCUCUCGCAGUAGGCCAGCUCCAACCUCCAGCCAACACCACGCCAGCAGUAAACACUGCGGGCCGCCCAAGAAACGUCGGCUCACCAGCACUCGGAGCUCCAGUGCUAUCCCACCCAUUCCCUGCCCCUGGCUCUUGGCCCACGGCACCCCCAUCGACCUCUAGCGCGAGGCUGCCUCAGCUAGCGAUGCAGGUGCCGGUCAUCAGCCAUUUCACCGCCCCCUUAGAAGCCGCCGCUAGCGCGAGCAUGGCUCCGCUAGCCGCUCAGGCGGCUGCAAUCCCCUCCCUUUUAUCUCUCCCGCAGAGCAGAUCAGGCUUCACAUUGGCCACAGCGACAGCAAUGCCAGUGCCAAUCAACGCACCAGCGUUGGAACCACCCCCCGUCCCAGGCAACAUCAGGUCACAGAUCUUGGCAGGUGCGGACACAGAUCUUUAUUUACUCCUCUCACCUUUAUCACCUCCGUCAAACGAGCGACAGAUCACUUACGGCGAUCUGUCGCUCACGCUUAAAAAUCAGUCACCCAACCACACCCGCACGCUUUCUUUCCCCGAAUUCAUCGUUGCUUUUUCCCGCUACACUGACGUGAUCUGCACUGCGUUCCCUCAUAGGAGACGCGAGCUGGGCGAUUAUCUCGCUAUCGUGGCAGAGCUCGCUCUCUCCUAUGGGGGCGCGCAUUUUUACACGUAUCACAGACUUUUCUCCGCCAAAUGUGCAAUUCGUAUAGCUCAGUGGAACCAGUGCCCCUACUGGGGAGCAUUGGACACUGAGCUGCAUAACAGGGUUUUUCUGGGCGUCCGCAAUAUUACAUGCGCGCUUCGCCUCCCCAGUCUACCUGCUCUGUUCCGCGCCUGCCAACCCGCCCAGUUCACCAAACCCAAGGGCAACCUGGCAAUUUGGAGGCUUAUUUCUUGUUUGUCUUCAGAAUUGUCCUUGCACCCCGACUUUCAAUUCACUGACUAUCUUCUGACCGGUCUCUCGAACGGUUUCAACCCCGGCGUCGUCAGUCUUCCGUCACACAGCUUAAUAUGCCCCAACCUCCAGUCUGCGCUCGCCGAACCAGAGUCAGUCGAUUUCCUCAUUAAAAAGGAGAUCGACGCUAAUUUCAUUAUUGGCCCCUUCGACGCUCCCCCUUUUCCUGCAUUUCGGAUCAGCCCCAUUGGCAUAGCGACUCGUAAAUUCUCUGGAAAAAAGCGCCUCAUUUUCGAUCUCUCGUCACCACACGGCUCUACCUUCCCUAGCAUUAAUAGCCUCAUUCCGAUCGAGGAAUUUUCCCUGCACUAUCAUAACAUCGAUCAAGCCAUCACUUUAAUAAAACAUGCCGGUCGUGGCGCUUGGCUAGCAAAAGUCGACAUCACAUCAGCAUUUAAAGUCAUGCCAAUCCACCCAGACUUCUGGCACCUUUUCGGCAUUCGAUGGCGCAAUAAAUUUUACUUUUCUGUCCGUCUCACCUUUGGCUGCAGAAGCAGCCCAAAAAUUUUCGACAUGUUGUCGGAGGCAAUUUGCUGGAUUCUCUCUAACAAUUAUGCAAUUCCCUACCUUAUCCACCUACUGGAUGACUUUUUAAUCAUCUCGUCUCCCGACUUUUCCGCUGCACAUCUAGCAAAAGUCCAACAGGUUUUCAAAAAUCUCGGCGUUCCCCUCGCCCCAGACAAAACUUCAGGUCCCAGCACGUCCAUCGAAUUUCUCGGAAUUAAAUUAGACUCGCUUAAAUUCCAGGCUUCUCUGCCGAAAGAGAAAAUCGAUAGAACGAUCUUGAUCGCGUCCUCCCUAUUAUCAAAUCCCCGCUGCUCAAAACGCGAGCUUCUGUCUGUUCUCGGCCAUCUAAAUUUCGCGAUGAGAAUAAUCCCGCAAGGUCGCCCGUUCGUUUCACACCUCCUCUCUCUCGCGUCAUCCGCACACGCUUUAGAGGACUCGUUAUCCAUAUCCAGCUCCUGCCUCGACGAGCUGAGCCUAUGGAUAAAAUUCCUCAGACAAUGGAACGGCUUGUCAUUUUUCUACAGUGACAUGGCCUCUUCCCCCGUCGAUAUUCGCCUAUUCACAGACGCCGCCCCUUCCGUCGGUUUCGGAGGCUUUUACCAAGGCCGUUGGUUCGCGUCCACCUGGCCCCCCCAGGUUUUAGAGAUCCCUUAUGCUUUAGCAUCCUCAGCUCUCUUUGAGCUAUAUCCACUGGUCGUCGCAGCAUCCCUAUGGGGAAAAGAGUGGUCAGCUUCCAGCAUAAUCGUGCACUGUGACAACGAGGCAACUGUUCAUUGUAUUAACAAAGGCCGCUCCCACUCCCCCGCCAUAACGCCGUUCCUCAGACGCCUCAUCUGGAUCUCAGCCUGUGACCAAUUCAUUCUAACUGCCAAACACAUUCCCGGAUCAAAAAAUCAGAUUGCUGACGCCCUUUCUCGUUUUGCCUUCCAGAAGUUCAGGCUGCUGGCACCCGAAGCAGAUCCUUUGCCAACACCGGUACCUCCCUAUUCGGAGCUGAUAUUCCAGUUAACCACCCCCUAAAAACCCUCAUCGAUGCCUCUCUAAACUCCAUCAUCCAAGCCGUCUCCCUCAGGACCCUCCAAUCUUAUCUAACUGCAUGGAAAAGCUUCAAGUCUUUUCACCUGGCAUUCAACAUUCCCUUUCCCGAUUUUUCUGUCAUCACCAUCACCUCCUUCAUCUCCUUCCUAAACUCUUCAAAAAACCUCCAGGCCAGCUCAAUUAAAGGCUACAUGAGUGGAGUCCAGUUCUUCCACAAACUCAUAUUCAAUUCUCCUUCCGCAGCCAUAGCCAGCUCCCAAACAUCUAUGCUUAUCAAGGGCAUUCAACGUACCCAGCCUGCUCGCCAGGAUGCAAGGCAACCCAUAACCCUGGAUAUAUUGACCAGAUGCAUUUCCACCCUUCGUAAAGGAUACCACUCCAAACACGUCGAUCGCACACUCGACACCAUGUUUAUACUAGCAUUCUUUGGAUUUCUAAGAUGUUCAGAAAUUUCCACAACAUCCAUUUUCAACCCCCUAACCCAUCCAACGGUAUCCGACCUGUCAGUAGUCGAUUCAGAGACUAUGUCAUUUUCCAUUAAACAGAGCAAGACGGACCAAACCAGGAGAGGACAUUUCAUUUACAUAUUCAAUCUCCACUCACCAAUUCAACCUUAUCAGACCCUCCUAGCCUACCUCCACUUCAGGAAAUCCCAGACCACAACCACAUCGGAUCCUCUAUUCGUCGACGAGUCUAACCGCCCAGCUACACGCUUUUGGUUCCAAAAGCACCUCAAAGCUGUCCUGCUCCUAUCCGGUAUCCCUGCAGACCAC